CCCUGAUCUAGGAAAGCAGUACGACCACGGCAACGUCAAUGGAGUCGCACGUCGCAACAGCCUGGGAACCAGACAGGCUCACGUCACUUCCAACGGAGCUGUCGUUGCUCGUGCUGUCAUUUCUCGAUCCACCCUCGCUCUGCCGAUGCCAGGAGGUGUGCAAGGCCUGGCAAUCAUUGGCUGUCAAGGACGGCGUAUGGAGGAGCGUCGCUCUCAAUCUGGGCUACCUGCCACCGGGCGUCAUCCGGGCCCAGGAUCUUUGCGGGCCUCCGGCAGAUGUGCGUUGGUGCUCGAACACGAACGCAUACUCGCUCGACUAUGUCAAAGGUGUUGAGCCAGUACAAACGCAGGUGCGACAGGGCGAGUCCGUCGACUAUCCAAGCUUCCUGACAACGUCAUCGGCCAGAGGCUACUACGAUGGACUGGUGUCAUUCCAGGACCUAUGCAUACGGAAAUGGCGUGUAGAUGCAGGCUGGUCGGCUACUCGUGAGCGCGAGACGGGUGCUCUUCGGGAAUUACAGCCAGAGGUGCGUCUGAUCGAUGCAGCUCCGCCCCUCGUGCACCCAGCAACAGACUUGGAAGAGGAGGUCGUCGAGGAGGAGGGCAGAGACGUCUGGCGCAUCAAGCUGGAUCCAGUCGACCGCACAAUUAUAUCUACAGGCCAAAGAGGCGGCGUCAGAGUGCUUUGUCUGGACACGAAGCAGGUCUUAUGGAGGCUUCCCCAGCUUGCGACAAGGCAGUAUCCCCAUGUCGAGUUUGACCGCGGCUUUAUGGUCUUUGACAGGAUGGGACACGGUCACUUUGAGGUCUGGAGGGCUCAGAGACUAGCCGGUGCUGACGGCCAGAGGGGGCACUUUGACCACUAUGCAACCCUGGCCUCACCGCGACCGCCGCGUGCCCUUCGCUUUCAGUACCCGAACCUCGUCGUAGCAACCCUCGAUGGCCAUCUCUUGACCUGGGAUAUAGUCUCAAAAACGGUGGUGCAGGACAUUGACCUGGAGGACUCCGUCCAUAAAGACAACGUCAACUACAUUGACUUUGACGAUGAGUUUAUAUUCCUCUGCGGGACUGGAGGCAAGUGCGUCACGGCCGUCUCGAGAAAGAAAGGAAGCAUCAUCUGGUCGCUUUCGAUGCACUUUGAAAGCAACCUACCUGCUCCCUCGACUUAUCUCUACGAAAGAAGAUCUGAUCGGUGCGAGCACUAUCACCUGGGCAAAGAGAGUCUUCAAAGGACAGACUACAAAGUCGUCUUCAGAGCCUGGGAGAGGCUAGCUCCUGGUCAAGCGCCCACAGAAGCACUCUGCAUUCCCUCUAUGUUUGCCGAUCUCUUCUUUGGAGACGAUUUCGACGAUCCACAGCCUUCGACGUACGAAGGAUUCGGCAGCCAGCUCGCUGUAGCCGAUGGAAGAGCAUUUUGCGUAGCAGGACGAACCCUGUUGAUUGACUUGGAUCCUGGUCGUCAAAGCAGGGCGAAUCCGAGCACGAUCCCUUUCCCCUCUAAGGACAAGCUUCAGUCAUCGGAGACGACCGACCAAUCUGCGGCUGGGUGUGAUGAGGAGGUAUCGACCAACGAGGCUGGCUUUGCAGUCUACGAUUCCAGCAUACAGGGAGGCAUAGAAACCGACGAGGGACUGUACACUGCCUCUGUAACGUUGAGCACCUGUGCUCAGAUGGACUCGACCGCGGCCUACUGCGUCUGCAUCAGCAUUGACAACGAGGAGUGGGACCAUUUGCCGACGGAGAGCCAUGUCCUCGCCGUGGUCGCUUUCGAUUUCGCACCUCCACGGAAGAACGACCAGGGAACCAGCUCACAAGCAUAGCAGCGGACCUUUGUGAACUCCUCUUACAUUAUCACCUCUCGUUGAGAACCUUCCUACCAUCUCAUGUCAAAUAGCAAAUAGCUUGGGCCCCAAGCCUCCCUUCGUCUUGUUCACUGUAUUUCAUAUCAUCUCACGUCAUAUUCCCGCUUUCGUGCGAU